CAGUUUAAUUUGGGGACCAAUUUUUCCAAGAUCGAAAUAGCACCCCCCAUAGGCUCAAGAGGUUUUUAAUACCGUCUUGGUCCCUACCGGGUCCCACUACCGCCUCUCCUGGAACCAGCAGCACUGUGCCGUCCAUCAGCACCUCCUCCCCAGCAACCACAGCCCCUGCUCCAGUCCCAGUCCCUGCUCCAGCCCCAGCCCUAGCUCUAGAAGAACACCCCCUAAUAGAUGAGGGGCUGAUAGUGAAGGACAUGGGUUACAUCCUUACUGUCCUGAAGUAUCGGCUAGACCGAUACAGAAGACUCCCUGUGGUCACCACAUGCCUCACCGGGGAGGAAUACACGUGCCAGUGGCAGGAGAGGGGUGAGCAGGAGAGGGCCGAGGCAGGGGAGAAAGCGUUGGGCAGCCCUCAGAACACAGAGGGCACAGGAGAGGGCUGCCAUGGAUGAGACCAUUGGCGCCAUCGCCUCUGCUGGACCUCCCGCUGGAACCACUUCUGACAGCUACAUCACCACCGCCAGUGCCUCCCAGUGUGCAACACCUGUAGGAGCCCCCGGAGCCCCCAGCUACAGAAGAAGGCCACGUGCCUACUCUCCCGGCCACACCAUCGUCGGCCCCUCAACCCCACCAUUACAAACACCAGCUCCAUCAAGCCAUCGUUGGCAGUUUCAUCCACCACCACCACCACGAUGCACACAACCCACCCCUUGCAGCUUCCUCCAGAGCACAGAAAAGGAAGAGAAAAGCUCCACCGGCUACCUCUGUCACGCCACCCAUGGCAACACUCUAAGAAGACGACACCAUUUUCUGUGCUCACUGCGGGGAGUGUGAUCCACCUGCAAGCUCCUUGCAGGAGUGUAGGUCCGAGGUGCCAUGGGGGUGCUGUGACUUCUGCCAGCACUGGUUCUACUGCAGGUGUGUGCUGUGACUUCUGCCAGCAGUGGUUCUACUGCAGGUGUGUGCUGUGACUUCUGCCAGCAGUGGUUCUACUGCAGGUGUGUGCUGUGACUUCUGCCAGCAGUGGUUCUACUGCAGGUGUGUGCUGUGACUUCUGCCAGCAGUGGUUCUACUGCAGGUGUGUGCUGUGGGAUCUAGAAGUGGCGUUGGAGCUGGAUUUUUAUUGUGAUUUUUGUGACAAUAUAGGGAUGGAGGUCCAGAUUUAAUUGUUUGUUUUCCUAUUAAAUUAUUUAUGUUAAAAAAAAAAAGACAUGUCUAAAAUAAUAUUUAUUCAACCCAUCUUGUGUAUUUCUCCCUUUAAUUUCCAAGUGCAUCUCUGCAACACAAACUGCAACAGUGUUUUAAUUGUUUAUGUCUAUGCACAUGACUGAAAUUAGUUGUAUUUAUUUAAGUUUAAUACUAAAACAUGAGUUCAUCUACUUUCUCAAAACUUAAGAUUAAUCUGUAAAACAAAUUACGAGACAUUAUUUGGUUACAACACUGAAUAUGGUGAAGAACCAUUUUUUAAGAGUCCAUAGGAGGGCGCACCGGGCUACGCAAUGAAAAGUUGACACCAAGUUUUUUUUUUCUUUUUUUUUGCGGUAGCUCUGUUACACCAGAU